UGAGUCGAGUUUGAAAACUUUAAUGUAAACCCCGCUUCGUUAGUUUGUGAAAUUGUCGCUGUUAUGUUCUUCCGUAAAUCUGAAAACAAAAGACGAGUAUAGAUUAAAUUACUGCGGAAUAUCGGUUAUAAAUUUCUAGUUCGCGAUGGCUGGCAACUUUUGGCAAAGCUCCCACCAUCAGCAAUGGAUUUUGGACAAACAGGAUUUGAUUCGAGAGCGACAGCACGACCUUAAGUCUCUUACCGAAGAAGAGUAUCAGAAAGUGUUCAUGUUUUUUGCAAAUGUGAUUCAAAUUCUUGGAGAACAGCUUAAAUUACGCCAGCAAGUUAUUGCCACUGCCACCGUAUACUUCAAGCGGUUUUAUGCUAGGAAUUCUCUCAAAUGCAUUGAUCCACUACUAUUAGCACCGACCUGCAUCUUACUUGCUUCAAAAGUAGAAGAGUUUGGAGUCAUUUCAAACUCCCGGCUAAUCACAACUUGCCAGACUGUGAUCAAGAACAAGUUCAGCUAUGCUUACCAGCAAGAGUUCCCCUACCGAACGAAUCACAUUCUUGAGUGUGAAUUCUAUCUGCUGGAAAAUCUAGACUGCUGUUUAAUCGUAUAUCAGCCUUAUCGUCCUUUGCUGCAGCUGAUCCAAGACAUUGGCCAGGAAGAACAGCUUCUUACGCUCACAUGGCGUCUGAUAAAUGAUUCCUUAAGAACAGAUGUUAGUUUAUUGUACCCUCCGUACCAGAUUGCUCUUGGAUGCCUGCAGAUAGCUUGUGUUAUACUACAGAAGGAGCUCAAGGCUUGGUUUGCCGAGUUGAAUGUUGAUAUGGAGAAAGUACAAGAAAUUGCCCGGGCUAUUCUAAAUUUGUUUGAGCUCUGGAAAAACUAUGACGAAAAAGAGAUUCAAGGGUUGCUGGAGAAAAUGCCCAAACCAAAACCUGCUCCGCAACGGUGAUUUGAUCGAACCAACUACGAGAAAAUAUUACCUCUGCUCUCGACGAGUACAAUGGUAAAUUGGAAUGUGGUGUAUAUUCGUAAUAAGCUUAUAUUUUUAUUUAUUAGGUGUAUUAGUUCCCACGAGGCAUGAUUAUUUAUGAACUUAUCGCGACUCGAGAGCAUUAGUAUAUACGAACGUUAGAUUGUGUAAAAACUAUCCGGAGAGAGAAAUAAUAGAUAGAACGAUUACUCAAAUA